AUGAAUGCAGAAAUUGAAACAGCAAUAACAAAAAUGUCUAGCCUGUCAAGCCAACUCAAGGGAACCAAACCGCGAGAACCACUGAAAAUGUCAGAUUUGCCAUCUGGACCUUGGAAAAAUAUAAGUGCAGAUUUUUGUGGACCUCUAGAAAACGGUGAUUACCUAUUGGUUGUAGUAGACGAGUACUCGCGAUAUCCAAUAGUGGAAAUAGUAAAGAGUGUUUCAGCAAAUAUGGUCAUACCGGUUAUGGACAAAAUAAUUUCAAUGUUUGGUGUCCCCAAAGUGAUUAAAACAGAUAAUGGAUCGCCAUUUAAUAGUACGGCAUUUGCGGACUUUGCAAAAUUUACGGUUUUAUACACAGAAAAAUCACGCCUAGGUGGCCAAGGGCUAAUGCUCAGGCAGAAGCAUUCACAAACCGUGAUGAAGAGUGUUAAAUCGGCAUUCAUGGAGGGAAGGAAUUACAAACAAGAACUGUUCAGAUUUUCUUCGCCAGUACAGAGCUACACCGCACGUGUCAACUGGAUUUACGCCAUUUCGGCUAAUGUUCCGAAGGGAACCGGUAACGCGUAUGCCAGACAUUAA